AUGGCAGCAAACACCCGCUACCACCGUCUGCCUGAAGAUACCCGUCCUUCAAUGGACUCAAUCAACGAGGAUUCUCGUCUCAUCACUCCUAUACCAGACAGCGACGAAAGCCCACCGUCCCCAAACAAGAAAGAGUUCGAGUACCGUUUCCAUCCGACCUUCUACUUCCGCUCCGUCGCCGGCAUCCUCUUCCUCGCGACCGCCAUCCAUUUCCUGGUCUCCGGCCGCCAACAUAGCGUCGCCGCCGCCGUCUUCAAUCUCGUCGCUCUCGGCCGUGAGAUCUGGGUCCUGCUGCACCACCUCCUCACGCGUCUCGUGAAGAUGCGCGUGAGGAUCGAACUGCGAGGCUCCAGAUCUUCCAUGUCUGUACCGCCAGGGAAGAGGCUGCCGUCGUGGCUGCUGUUGGGUGCGGUGCAAGCUGCCUUGGACUUGCUGAUCGUACCGCUGGUUAUCAGUCUCGUCACGGCCGUGCCGCACCACAGGACGUACUACCACGGAGGAGGAAGUCUCGCGGCGAAGAUUUUGUCGUUCGUUGCGCUUGGUCUUCAUGUUCUCUCCAUCGUUGACCUGGGCCAACCGAGUAGAGUUACGUGGUCUGGAAAGUUGUCUUUUGAUCAUAGUGGUGAUGGGAAUGAUAGUCUUCCACAGCUGCCGAUUUAUCCGGAUGUUGAUGCCACAGGGACUGGGGAGAGAUCAUCUGAAACGGCGGGCCUUAUGGGUAUGGGGCGUAUUGAAGCAGGAACUUUUGCCAGAUUUACGGAAGUGGGCUUUCAGUUGGGAACAGCUCAGGAUCUCGAGAUGGAAAAAGAUCUACGAGCAAAGAUCGUGUCUGUUGCAAACAUCCAUCCACGCAUGUUUGUCUGA